AUGGCAGAGCUGCCUGCGUCAGAGAUCCCUGGGGACCCUGCUCUGUGCAGUGGGCGCUUCACCAUCAGCACGCUGCUUGGGGGUGAUGAGCCCCCGCCACCAGCUGCCUAUGACAGCAGCCAUCCCAGCCACCUCACCCAUGGCAGCACCUUCUACAUGCGUACCUUUGGCUACAACACUAUUGAUGUGGUGCCUGCCUACGAGCACUAUGCCAACAGUGCCCUGCCCGGUGAGCCCCGAAAGGCCCGCCCCACGCUGGCUGACCUACACUCCUUCCUCAAGCAGGAAGGCAGACACCUGCACGCCCUGGCCUUUGACAGCCGGCCCAGCCAUGAGAUGACUGGUGGGCUGGUGGAGGAUGAGGCAGGCACCAACAGCGAGAAGAGCCCUGGGGAGCCCGUGCGCUUCGGCUGGGUCAAGGGGGUGAUGAUUCGUUGCAUGCUCAACAUCUGGGGCGUGAUCCUCUACCUGCGGCUCCCCUGGAUUACAGCCCAGGCAGGAAUUGUCCUGACGUGGAUCAUCAUCCUGCUCUCGGUCACAGUGACCUCCAUCACAGGCCUCUCCAUCUCAGCCAUCUCCACCAACGGCAAGGUCAAGUCAGGUGGCACUUACUUCCUCAUCUCCCGGAGUCUGGGCCCAGAGCUAGGGGGCUCCAUCGGCCUCAUUUUCGCUUUUGCCAAUGCCGUGGGUGUGGCCAUGCACACAGUGGGCUUUGCAGAGACUGUGCGGGACCUGCUCCAGGAGUAUGGCACGCCCAUCGUGGACCCCAUUAACGACAUCCGCAUCAUUGGUGUGGUCACGGUCACUGUGCUGCUGGCCAUCUCCCUGGCUGGCAUGGAGUGGGAGUCCAAGGCCCAGGUGCUGUUCUUCCUUGUCAUCAUGGUCUCCUUCAUCAACUACUUGGUGGGGACACUGAUCCCCCCAUCUGAGGACAAGGCCUCCAAAGGCUUCUUCAGCUACCAUGGGGACAUUUUUGUCCAGAACUUGGUGCCUGACUGGCGAGGUCCAGAUGGCAGCUUCUUUGGGAUGUUCUCCAUCUUCUUCCCCUCAGCCACAGGCAUCUUGGCGGGGGCCAACAUCUCCGGAGACCUCAAGGACCCUGCUGUAGCCAUCCCCAAGGGGACGCUCAUGGCCAUUUUCUGGACCACAGUGUCCUACUUGGCCAUCUCAGCCACAAUCGGCUCCUGCGUGGUACGGGAUGCCUCUGGGGUCCUGAAUGACACAGUGACCUCUGGCUGGGGUGCCUGUGAGGGGCUGGCCUGCGGCUAUGGCUGGAACUUCACCGAGUGCACCCAACAGCACAGCUGCCGCUAUGGCCUCAUCAACUACUACCAGACUAUGAGCAUGGUGUCAGGCUUUGCCCCCCUGAUCACAGCUGGCAUCUUUGGGGCCACCCUCUCCUCUGCCCUGGCCUGCCUAGUCUCCGCUGCCAAAGUCUUCCAGCGCCUGUGUGAGGACCAGCUGUACCCGCUGAUCGGCUUCUUUGGCAAAGGCUAUGGCAAGAACAAUGAGCCUGUGCGUGGCUACCUGCUGGCCUAUGUCAUUGCCGUGGCCUUCAUCAUCAUUGCCGAGCUCAAUACCAUCGCCCCCAUCAUUUCCAACUUCUUCCUGUGCUCCUACGCUCUCAUCAACUUCAGCUGCUUCCAUGCCUCCAUCACCAACUCGCCUGGGUGGAGACCCUCCUUCCGGUACUACAGCAAGUGGGCGGCGUUGUUUGGGGCAGUCAUCUCCGUGGUCAUCAUGUUCCUCCUGACCUGGUGGGCGGCUCUCAUUGCCAUCGGCGUCGUGCUCUUCCUCCUGCUCUACGUGAUCUACAAGAAGCCAGAGGUAAACUGGGGUUCCUCGGUGCAGGCCAGCUCCUACAACCUGGCCCUGAGCUACGCGGUGGGCCUUAACGAGGUGGAAGACCACAUCAAAAACUUCCGCCCCCAGUGCCUGGUGCUCACCGGGCCCCCCAACUUCCGCCCGGCCCUGGUAGAUUUUGUGGGCACCUUCACCCGGAACCUCAGCCUAAUGAUCUGUGGCCACGUGCUCAUCGGACCCCGCAAGCAGAGGAUGCCUGAGCUCCGGCUCAUUGCCAACGGGCACACCAAGUGGUUGAUCAAGAGGAAGAUCAAGACCUUUUACUCGGAUGUCAUCGCUGAGGACCUCCGCAGUGGGGUCCAGAUGCUUAUGCAGGCUGCAGGUCUCGGGAGAAUGAAGCCCAACAUGCUGGUGGUUGGGUUCAAGAAGAACUGGCAGUUGGCUCACCCAGCCGCAGUGGAAGACUACAUCGGCAUCCUGCACGAUGCCUUUGAUUUCAACUACGGCGUGUGUGUCAUGAGGAUGCGUGAAGGGCUCAACAUCUCAGAGGUGAUGCAGGCACACAUUAACCCCGUGUUUGACCCAGCAGAGGAUGGCAAGGAAACCAGUGCCAGCGGCGCCAGGCCAUCCAUCUCUGGCACAUUGGCCCCCGAGGCACUGGUGCAGGAGGAGCAGGCCAGCACCAUCUUCCAGUCAGAGCAGGGCAAGAAGACCAUUGACAUCUACUGGCUCUUCGACGAUGGAGGCCUCACCCUCCUCAUCCCCUACCUCCUUGGCCGUAAGAAGAGGUGGAGCAAAUGCAAGAUCCGCGUGUUUGUCGGGGGCCAGAUCAGCAGGAUGGACCAGGAGAGAAAAGCGGGGGUCCUGGGAUUGUCCCGAAGCCACUGGCUGGCUAUGUCCAGGCCACAGCAGUGCAUUAAGCGGUUUGAGGACAUGAUUGCACCCUUCCGCCUGAAUGAUGGCUUCAAGGACGAGGCCACUGUCACUGAGAUGAGGCAGGACUUCCCCUGGAAGAUCUCGGACGAGGAGAUUAACAAGAACAGAAUUAAGUCCUUUCGGCAGGUGAGGCUGAAUGAGAUCCUGCUGGAUUACUCCCGAGAUGCUGCCCUUGUGGUCGUCACCUUGCCUGUAGGGAGGAAGGGGAAAUGUCCAAGCUCGCUGUACAUGGCCUGGCUGGAGACCCUGUCCCAGGACCUCAGACCUCCGGUCAUCCUGAUCCGAGGAAACCAGGAAAAUGUGCUCACCUUUUACUGCCAGUAA